AUCUGUAAUGAGUUCAUGUAGGGCCUCUGUUGAGUGGAUCCAGCCUCUUACAAGGUUUACAAGACCUGCGCUACCUGGAGCGUGCCUAGACGUUUGCAGAAACUUUGCUUUUAUGCAUUUGUUGAGUGAGCAAAGUGAACAGAUGCCCUUAUUCCAUACAAGGAAAUCCUCCAGAUGUAUUGGGAGAAAGCAACAGGCUUUGUGAAUGCCCAGUGUGAUGGACUUGAGCCCUGGCAACUGAUUGGGUUGACGAUUUCAUCUACACUUAUAAGUGUAUGGCUGCAUGGCUUUCUCUUCCAAUCCGAGAGUUUAGCAUCCCGAACUAAAAAACAGUUCUUUAAACUACUGAGAAAAAUGCCAUUUGUCGGGGCUAUAAUUCAAAAGAAGAUUGAUGAAGCCUUGAAUGAUGUCACUUCCAGUUUAUCCUUCCUGAAAGAUGAAAAGGAUUAUAUCAAAGCACUGCCGGAACAAGGCAUGAGUCAGCCUGAAGUACUGAAGAAGAUGAAAGAGUACAGCUCAAAAGGAGAUGUACGUUGGCAGGAUGGGAAAGUCUCUGGGACUGUGUACAGUGGUGAAGAAAAACUCACCCAUCUGCUAGUGAAGGUGUAUGAAGAGUUUGCCUGGAGUAAUCCUCUCCAUCCGGAUAUAUUCCCUGGUUUGAGGAAGAUGGAAGCAGAAGUAGUGAGGGUUGCCUGUACACUCUUCAAUGGGGGCCCCAACUCUUGUGGUGCUAUGACAUCUGGAGGGACUGAGAGCAUUCUGAUGGCCUGCAAGGCAUACAGAGACCUGGCUUAUGAGAGAGGCAUCAAACAGCCAGAAAUGUUGGUCCCAGUGAGUGCUCAUGCGGCAUUUGACAAAGCAGCACACUACUUCGGACUGAAGUUGAUUCACAUACCAUUGACCAAGGCUAUGGAAGUGGAUGUUCAGGCAAUGAGGAGAGCUAUCUCAAAGAACACAGCCAUGCUGGUUUGUUCCGCUCCCCAGUUCCCUCAUGGAAUCAUGGACCCAAUUGAAGAAGUGGCAGAGCUUGCGGUGAAGUACAAAAUCCCCUUCCAUGUUGAUGCCUGCCUGGGUGGUUUUCUCAUUGCUUUUAUGGACAAGGCGGGGUUCCCUCUAAAGCAUCCAUUUGACUUCCGCGUAAAAGGUGUGACGAGUAUUUCUGCUGAUACCCACAAGUAUGGCUAUGCUCCCAAGGGUUCUUCAGUGGUGUUGUACAGCGACAAGAAGUACAGGAGCUACCAGUUCUUUGUAGCACCCGACUGGCAAGGGGGCAUAUAUGCCUCGCCCUCCGUGGCAGGCUCCAGGCCUGGUGGAAUCAUAGCUGCAUGCUGGGCAACUCUGAUGCACAUAGGAGAAUCGGGUUACGUAGAAGCUACGAAGAGGAUCAUUAAAACGGCUCGUUUCAUCGAAUCAGAGUUGAGAAAAAUUGACAGCAUCUUCAUUCUUGGGAAGCCUGAAGUGUCUGUCCUCUCCAUCGGUUCAGACACUUUUGACAUUUAUCGAUUAUCUAAUUUCUUAGCUGCAAAAGGGUGGAACUUAAAUGUCCUACAGUUUCCAUCAAGCAUUCAUCUCUGCAUUACACAGUUGCACACAAAGCCUGGUGUUGCUGAACAGUUCCUGAAAGAUGUCAAAGACAGCAUUGAGGACAUCAUGAAGGAUCUCAAUGCUAAGACCACAGGGAUGGGAGCCAUCUAUGGAAUGGCUCAGUCCGUCCCAGACAGGAGCUUGGUAGCGGAGAUUUCUCAGGCAUACUUGGAUGGUCUCUACAGCACGGAUGUUCCUUGCAGUGAAAAGCACAUGAAUGGCUCCCCCAGCCACCACUGACUGUACAGCAUCAAUUGGUGCCUUGCCAACUAGCACUGGGGUGGUUCUGAAGGUUUCCUAGGGGAAGAGGUUGCAGUAAGCCUUUGUUCCUACAAUUGCAGGUCUGAUGGUGGCUUGAUCUUGGAAACUUCCCCAUCUUAGUCUGUGUUGAAAUCUGCAUUAUUUUCAUGCCCGACUUUAGUUUUAGGGCUUUUCCUCCCUUCCCCCUGCCUAUUUUCAACAUAACUAUUGAUGGUAAAUCCAAUGUCGAUUCCACAACUCCAAAUUCCUCAGGUAUCCUGCAUGUCACUUCAUUCCUUGCUGUUUCUUCUUCCACAGACCUGGUAUUCAGCCGAUGACCAGCCAAGUGUUAGAUUUGAGUUCUCAUGUUGUGUUCCAAAGCUUCGAUCUUCUCAGAAGUUAAAGGCAGAGUGUAAAUUGAAAAUUUUGUUUUCUUUCAAGUAUUCCUCCAAGCUACUGCAUUUAACAGACUGUGCUGGGAGCCUUUAUAUCUGUUGUAAUGCAGAGCCGAUAAACUGGCAAAGGAGAGAUGGUCAUGUACUCUUUUUGAAAUCCCCUCUAGAGAUCUCACACCGCAAUCGGUAUCUGCUGAGGGGAGAAAAGUAUGCAACACAAAACCCUUUUCUGGAAUCUCUUGCUUUAUAGAACAUCAGAAAUAGAAACCAAGCAGGUAGUGUAGGGAGGGGAACUAGAUGGUACUGAAAAUGCUGGUACAUAGUAACUGUUCUGCUUCCCUGCCUCCUCUGGAAGACAUGCAUUUGCCGCCUGGAGUGCUGUUGUACCUUGCACAAUUCUGGAGGGAUAUGCAAACCAGUGAUUUCACUGUUCAUAACUUGAAGGUUUUGCACUAUCUCACAAGACUGUAGUAGUCAGUCAGGCCCUGCCAUGUGUCAUGGCUAUGGACUUCAUGUGCAAACAGAUGGCACCAAAGCUGACCUUUUUUUACCAUGAUCUUUUAGUAUAAAAAGGUGACUUUUGUAAUAGUAGUAAUCUCUGCUCUUUGCACUGAUUCUUUUAAGGCACAUUCUCAAAAGGGCAUUCACCAUUGUGCCUUGAUGUUUCUCUGGCUUUUUUUGUGGGAUGCCAGGGAGGGUUUGAAGGUUCAGCUGUUGACCACAACCUUUGCUGUGGUCAUUUUCUUAUGGUACUAUACUGAACAAAACCUCAAAGGCAAACUGGCCUCAGAGAACGUUCUUGUCUGUAAGGUAGAAUACUAGUUGUAUUGAGCCAAAUCCCUUCACAGUAUUAUAAAGGUGCUUGUAUAGCUUUGAGAGGUAGAUGUUAGAUAAGAUGCAGCAAGUGGGAAGCAUUCAAGCCUUGGGCAUGUGACUCACCCUUCCUAUUUUUCUUCACUGUUUUUAUGGUGAGAGAGUUUUUCCCAGUGCAGCUUGUGAGGCAGUUGUGGCCUUAAGGACAAGCUGGAAAGAAUCUCUUUGAGUUAUUAAACAGCAGUAGAGUUACUCCUGCAGGGCUUUCCCAUGUGUUUCCUCUCAGCUUUUUGCAUGCUACUAAGAUUUUCCCAGGUAGAGUUCACCACUUGGGAGAAGACUUCAUGCCACGUUUGCACAGACUUCUGCAGGGUGUCUGAAGGCAUUUGUCUCUCUGCAGUAGAAGUAGAACCUGACCCUUGCUGGCUUAACACAGCUGAAGCACACACUGGUACAAUAGUUAUACCUAAUGAGAAGGUUACUAAGGUUACUUAACAAGUCUCUGCUCAAACCAGUGCAGCUUUGGGCCCAGUGAUUGUGGGAAGUAUACUUGCUUUUUAACAGGUUUGUUCUCCAGGCUAGGAGACAAAAGUAUUUUGACCAUCUGCCCUUAAAUUGGUGACUUUAUGCAUGUCUCUGAGCCCUUCUGAAAACAUCUCAUUUGAAUUGCCUGAUAGUCUCUUGAUGGUGUUACCAGCUCUGGCAGUCAGCAUUUAUGUUGGACCUAUUUAUUCUAUUAAUGGUCUUGCUAAUGUGACCAUUGCUGCAUCUGAGUUUGCAGUACUUUGGAGACAGUCUUAAGUGUCUGGCUACUGUGAUGGUUCCCUUUUGAACUGAGAUUUAAAAAACAAAACGGAACAAAAAAGGGAGGUACUCCUUUUGUUUCUGCUUUAAAAGAAAGAGUGGAUGGAUUGGGCUAGGUGAAGGAGAGAGAAAACCUCUUUUCCCCAGUUGCAUCCUCCUCUGAGGAAGUAGGUGGAUCUAACAGAUCAGUGCUCCAUUUCACAUUUUUGGAUGUAUUUGAAGAUGUUAUUUGUAAAUCAGUGUAUUCUAUUCUGGGCUUCACUUGUAAUAUUUGUGGGUUUAAUUGUUUUAUGUGUAUUUGUUCUAUGCUGUAAAUGUAAUCUUCUGAUCAGGAAUAGGCUGCUGUAAUUUACUGGUGUGUAGUCUUUAUUCAUCCUUGUCAUCUAACAUGUAAUCUACAUCUCCUUUAUCAUGCAAAGUGGUCUUGGAAAAAUGGUGUGGUUAAAAGGAUGCAUAAUUAUUUAAAAGACUAAAAGAAUUUUAUGGACUGGAUUAUGGUCUGAAACUGGAUGAUACUGGAUGAGACCUGGAGGGGAUUUUCGUGACUGAUUCCUGCAAGAUUUCUGACCUUCAGGUGCUCAAGUGAGACACUUAAUCUGUGCUUUUACAAAGCGCUCCCAAGGGAUUUGUGUGCUCCUAGGUACUAGACUGAAGAAUAUCCAAUGGGAUGGACCAAGAAGAGAUGUAUGUCUUCAUGCCAUGGAUUUCAUCUGCACUUUUCUGAUGACUUCGGGAGAGGGGAGUGGAAAGGUUGUGUACGACACAAUAAUAUCUUGCCCAGUAAAUACACAUUGACUUUUUAAUGAACAGAUGGGAUGAGUUCAUCUGACAGCAGUAUUCUGUAUUGCUCUGAUUUCCACUGUAAAACUUUAGGCUGAAAUAGAUGAAGAGAUUGUGAAAAAGGGCCUAGUUUGUAUUAAAACGAUGCAUUUAGCUA